UUAAAGAGAAGAAUAUGUGCCAAAAAUAAAAAAAAAAAGGACAAGAAUAAGGUAGAAAAAAUAGGAGAAUGGAAGAAAAAAAAGAAGAGUAUCAGGCAGAGUCAGCCAGGUAAGCAUAACGCAGGUUGGCAAAUGGAGUUUUUGGCUUUCUCUCUCUCUCCUCCCUCAAUAGAGAGAGAGAGAGAGAGAGACGGAGGAAAUGACAGACUGGCAAUAAGGGAGGUUAAGGAUUCUCUGUCUGUGUCUAUAUAUGUAAACUCGUUUUGGACAUUCUUCAGUUUUUGGUUUUUGUUAUUUGAUUCGAAGAGCCUUCGAUAUUUGGAUCUUCAAGAAAGAGAGACGCUUGGGAUUUUGACACCAUGAGUCUCUUUGGUCUUGGAAGCAGAAACCAGAAAACAUUUCGUCCAAAAAAGAGUGCCCCAUCUGGAAGUAAGGGUGCUCAACUUCAAAAACACAUCGAUGCCACCUUGGGUAGUGGGAAUUUGAGGGAAGCUGUUAAGCUGCCUCCUGGUGAAGAUAUUAAUGAGUGGCUGGCGGUGAACACUGUAGACUUCUUUAAUCAAGUGAAUAUCCUAUUUGGUACACUUACAGAAUUCUGCACGCCGAAUAACUGUCCUACAAUGACUGCAGGACCAAAGUAUGAGUACAGAUGGGCUGAUGGUGUCACUAUCAAGAAACCAAUAGAGGUAUCUGCUCCAAAAUAUGUUGAGUAUUUGAUGGAUUGGAUUGAAUCUCAGCUAGAUGAUGAAACAAUUUUCCCUCAAAAGUUAGGGGCUCCUUUUCCACCAAAUUUCCGAGACGUGGUGAAAACAAUUUUCAAGCGAUUAUUCCGUGUAUAUGCUCAUAUUUAUCACUCACAUUUUCAGAAGAUAGUGAGUUUGAAGGAAGAGGCUCACCUGAAUACUUGCUUCAAGCAUUUUGUAUUGUUUACUUGGGAAUUCCGUUUGAUCGACAAAGCAGAGCUGGCACCUCUUGAGGACCUUGUUGAAUCUAUUAUACAGUUAUAGUUUAUUGUUCUUUCCUUUCCCUUUAUUUUGGGGAGGUUAGACAUUGGAAUGCUGGGUAUACAUUUUUGUGCUCUCAUCUUGCCCUUGUAAAAUACUUGCUAAAUGAAAAUUCUUUAGCCCAUCCUUGUACUGUUCUGUCCAUUGUUGUGAUGGUUGCUCAAUAAUCGUGUGAAUCAAGCAAAAUAAGAGAAGAAUUGACGCUUUGUAUGUUCUAGC